CCCGUGGUCCUUUUCGGGCUGCGUUCACGUGACCUUGUGGUACCAGGAGCAAAGCAAGAUGGCGGACCAAGACUCUCCGGCGCUCUUCGAAGACGAGCCUUCUGCGGACACUACACAACUAGAGGAUGACGAACCCAACUUUGGAAAUACUACCGAAAUAUGUCUAGACGGUGAGGGAGCUAAAAAAGAUCAGGAGGCAAGCGUGAAAGAGGAUGUUACACCCGAAGAGAAAGCUGCCGCCUCAGUUAAUGUCACCAAUAUCCCCGAGUCGGAAAGCGCUGGCAAAGCAGACGAGCCUGUUAAACCAAGACAAGAGGAAAAGGAAGAAUAUGAGGAAGAAGAGACUGACACAUUUGACAUGGAAAUAAAAGUCACAGACCCUGAAAAAGUUGGCGAUGGAAUGAAUGCAUUCAUGAGUUACAGAGUGAUCACAAAGACUAGCAUGCCCGAGUUCAAUAGUCCUGAAACUACUGUCAAACGCAGAUUUAGUGAUUUUCUUGGGCUCCAUGAGCGCAUCAAUGCCAAGUAUCUUCAUCUUGGUAGAAUUGUCCCUCCCGCUCCUGAGAAGUCAGUCAUUGGGAUGAGCAAGGUCAAGUUUUCCAAAGAAGACUCGAACUCCACUGACUUCAUCGGCAAACGAAGGGCUGUUCUAGAGAGGUUCCUAAACAGGGUUGCUGCACACCCAGAGCUGAGAAAAGAUCCUGAUUUUAGACAGUUUUUAGAAGCAGACGAGCUCCCAAGAGCCAAAGAUACUGCAGCGCUGAGCGGCGGUGGACUAAAGCGUCUAGUCAAGUCCAUGGGAGACACAAUGUUUAGUUUGACCACCAAGAUGUCAGAGUCGGAUCAGUGGUUUGAGGAGAAACAACAACAAAUAGAGACGCUGGAUCAACAGCUGAAGAAACUCCACCAUAAUGUUGAGAUUCUGGUUAUGCAUCGCAAAGAGUUGAGUAUAAGUACUGCAAGCUUUGCCAAGAGCGCUGCCAUGCUGAGUAAUGCCGAGGAGCACACAUCUUUGUCCAGAGCGCUCACACAGUUAGCAGAGGUAGAGGAAAAGAUCGAGGCCUUGCAUGUAGAGCAGUCUGAGACAGACUUCUUUGUGUUCUCUGAGCUUCUCAAGGAUUAUAUUGGGCUGAUCAACUCCGUCAAGGCGUGUUUCCAAGAGCGUGUGCGGGCAUACAGUGUGUGGCAGCAUGCCCAGCAGACAUUGACCAAGAAGAGAGAAGCACUUGUCAAAACCGAACUCGCCGGCAAGAACGAGAAGCUUCCCCAGGCUCAGGGAGAGGUCAAAGAGUGGGAGCAAAAAGUUGAGAAAGGUCAGGAGGACUUCGAAGCUAUUUCCAAAAUGAUUCGCAAGGAAAUGGUUAGAUUUGAGAAUAACCGAGUGAAGGACUUCCGAGCUGCCAUAAUCAAGUACCUGGAGGCUAUGAUGGACACCCAGCAACAGUUGAUCAAGCAAUGGGAGGGCUUCCUUCCUGAGGCAAAAGCCAUUGCGUAACUCCCAUCACAUCCCUGGAUUCCAGUCAUUUCAAAUCAUUAUUUUAAUUGACAAACAGCGGUGUCAUAAUGCAACUAGAUUAUACAGUAUUAAACAGCCUUGCACGGUCCAUAGAUGGAAAAGUGAAUGGCAUGAUCACAUGCUCGAUUUACACCACCUCCACCUCACAGAAUGCAUUGGGUCAUUGUUCUCAUCGGUUAAGUUCUGAAUCAUCUAAACUUUUAGAUUAUUUUCUUUUCGUCUCUGUAUUAGGCUGAAAAUGUACGCGUUGAGAAUGGCCAAUGGCGCAAUGCAUUAUGGAUAAGGGUGGCUGGUGCCACCAUCAGCAUAUCCAAAAAAUCAUUUCAUAGUUUGAUAAAUGUCAUUAGGAGAUUAGAGAAAGAUGUAUUACAAUACUAUUUGUCUUUUAGACUAGGUUCGUUGCCCCCAGUGCAUCCAAUCAAUGAACAAAUAAACGCUAUUAAAAACAAAAA